CCACGAAUUUAGCAUUCCAAACAUUCUACCCACCACCAUAUAGCAGUCGGUCACUGCUUAUAAUUACUCCGACGUCUCUAUCCUGCCUACAUAAAUCUAGGAUACUUCUUCUCACUCCACCUCGAAUUCUCGCAGUCGCAGUCGCAGUCGCAGUCGCAGUCGCAGCCGCUCUCAUCUUUCAUGCCUGGCUAUGGAAGUGAACAAUGGCUCGAGGGGUCCCUCCCUGCCCUCGCCGGCUGCUUCCAUAACCUCACUGCCACAACCCGCUGCAUUUGACCCCGCCGUACCCCUACGCGGCGUAGUCUUAUGCUGUACAUCAAUCCCGCCUGAUACCAGAACCGCAUUGGCCAAACAGGCCGAGCAGAUGGGAGCGCAACAUAAGUAUGACUUAACUUCCGAAGUUACACACCUCAUCGUCGGAGAAUACGACACCCCAAAAUACCGAUACGUCGCGAAGGAGCGCCCAGAUGUCAAAAUCUUGACGGUGGGCUGGAUUGAAGCCAUCCGCCUGCUGUGGAUGUCCGACAAGCACAUUGAUCUAGAGUCCCUCGAAGCCGAACAUACCCUGCCAACUUUAGCAUCUCUAAUUGUCUGUAUGACUGGAUUUGAAGACUCUGCCGAGAGGACGAAUAUCAUAAACCUUAUAUGCUCAAAUGGGGGAGAAUACCAUGGAGAUCUUACUAGAUCCAUCACUCAUCUGAUAGCUAGCCGACCAGAGGGAAAGAAAUAUAAAUUUGCCAAGGACUGGAAGAUCCGACUCGUCUCGGCGGAAUGGCUUUACGAUAGCAUACAGCGAGGGAUGAUACUAGAUGAGAAUCUAUACCACCCCGAAACCCCAGCAGAAGAAAGAGGGAAAGGGGCCUGGGUACGUCGAAAUGCGGCCUCGCCGCUUGGAAAACGGUUGAGGGAAAACGAAGCUGUCGAAGAUGGCACCCGAAAGUUGCGGAGGACCUUGAGCAGAAAGCUUACAAGCCAGAAUGAAGUUGUUUGGGGCGAUAUUGUCGGUGGUGGCAACACAUUAUUAAACAAGAAUGCGAACUCCGAGCAACCACCAAUAGGAAUACCUGGAGAUGGCCAAACCUCCCAACGGACCUCAUCUGACGAAUUAAUUUUGACCGCUGGAAUGGCCCAGACAAGUGCGCCGAUCAUCGUGAAACGUGCCGCGUUUAGCCAAUGCCGUUUCUGUAUUCAUGGUUUCGAGCCGAGAAAGGCGAAAACAUUAUCGCGACACCUUCUGUCACACGAUGGGGAUGUCCGGGGAAUCGAUGAUUGGCCUGUUGCUGCACCUCCGUUUAAGAACUAUAUGGUUGUACCGCAUGACUUUGCGGUAACAGGACUGCCGCCAACCCCCGAAGGAACUCCUGUUGUCACCGAAUGGUGGGUAGAGCGGUGCCUUGAAGCAAACGAGUGCCUCGAGCAUUCAGCUAGCUACUUCGACCUCCCCUUCUCGUCUACUUCCAUUGAUGGCUUCAAAAAUUUGGUUAUUUCGACGACUGGCUUCACUGGAUUCCAUCUACUUCAUCUUUCGAAGGCCGCCGCUAUCCUGGGCGCUACAUAUGACGAAUACUUCUCGGAGAAAACCUCCGUAUUAAUAUGUAAUGCUACUCAACAAAUUAGGGUAGAGAAGUUGCAACGGGCCAAAGAAUGGAGAAUCCCAGUCGUUUCAAUAGACUGGCUGCUAGAGUCUAUCAGAACAUGCUCAAAACAGCCAUAUAAACCGUAUCUCCUUCGGUCCAAGGCAAACAGGAGCGGUAUAUUGGAGAGAAGAUCAGCCUCUGAAGUGAUGGUGAGGAAAGAGAUAGAACACGAUGAGUUUGAGUCUCAUCAAGAUUUGCCUUUUUCGAAGAGUAUGACAUCGGAAGGAAUCACCCGUCCUGCGACGGUAAUAUCACGAGAUACGACCGCAUUCGAUAACGAUGACGACGAUGAUGAACCCACAGAAGCUGUAGGAGGGUUCCUUAUCCCAAAGAAAGCGACAGAAAAAGCAACAAAACAAGCAACAGAGCAACCAACCGAACCAACACCCCCAACUCAACCACCCCUCGACCACCACAACACCGACUCACCACCCGAACCCCUCACCGAAAUCUCCUCCAACUCACCCCGCAAAUCCCCAGUCUCCCAACCCAAGCCCUCCGCCACAACAUCUAGCACAGACAGCCAAGAAAUCAGCAGCGCAAUCACCUCUCUCCUCGCAAAAUCCAAGAACCCGCCCAACAGCGGCCCCUCCGCCUCUGGCGGCACCGAAUCCGCAGCGCAGCACCGAACAGCACGUAAGCCCUCGCGCAUCCUCGGACGCGCGCCUAGUAAUAUCUCCGUCGUGUCGCGGGCGAGUUCUGUGGAUAGCACGGCGAGUGGGGGACAGGCUGUGCAUUGGCCGGCGGGAAAGCGGAGUAAAGUUGAUAGUCUGGGGAGUCUGGCGGGGGGUUUGGUGGAGGAGGAGGGGGAGAAGGAGGAAGAGCAGCCGCCGAUGACGCAGCAGUUGCUGUAUGAGGAUGAGGAGGGGGAGAGGCAUAAGGCGCAGAUGAUUGCGAGGAUGGAGGGGAAGAAGCCGGAGAAGAUUGAGAAGGCGAGGGCGGUGACGGUGGGGAGUUUGGAGGGGGGGAGGGGGAGGAGUUUGAGGACUAGGGAGAGGGGGGUAAGGUGA